AUGACUACAACACCACCAGACUCUCAGAGCGCCCACCGCGAUGAGCCUACCCACGAGAACUCGACAUCUUUAUCAGCUCCCAGUCCUUCCCGUGCCGAGUCUCGGGAUCGCAGCCCCAGUCCAGAGGGGCCACGGCCCCCUCUGCCUCCACGACCGAACACCUUGAGUCUAUUGAACGAUGAGACGGCAUCGCGGAAUGCGAAUCUGCAAGCAGAAGCAACAACGGCCGUUUCCCGGACGGAGAUUGGUACACAGACUCCAGAAGCCGGAGGUAGUGCCUAUUCGACACUGGCAGUGCGUGGUCUAUCUAGAGGGCUAAAAGCAAGAGCUAGCCUUGGCCACUUGGCAAGUCCGAGAGGUAGCGAGGCCAGCGAUUCUGCGAGCAUUCGGAGCUCAAUCCCAAACAGUGACGCAGGCGACGUUGAAGCCCUGUUCAAGGACUUUGUCGCGACGGCGCCUGUAGGUCACCCGGAUGCAGCAAGCUUGCUUCAUUUCCCUGAAUUCCCCGCAGAUUAUGUGGAUGACGAUGACUUCAUGGACGAGUUUGAGCCCAUUGGUGAACUGGAUCAAGAUGCCAGCAACGCAGACUUACUUAUUCGGCGGUGGAAUAGCAAGCAGAAACACUAUAUGAUUCUUUCCGCCGCUGGAAAACCAAUUUGGACACGGCACGGUGAUGGCGGACUGAUUUCCACCUACGUCGGAGUCGUCCAGACCAUCAUAUCGUUCUACGAAGAAUCCAACGAUCGUCUCCGGAGCUUUACUGCUGGGGAUACCAAGUUUGUCAUUGUGACUCGAGGGCCACUGCAUCUUGUCGCUAUCAGCAGGAUGAUGGAGAGUGGUAAUCAGCUCCGACUCCAGCUAGAGGCUUUGUACAUGCAAAUCUUAUCCACUUUAACACUCCCAUCCCUCACUCACUUGUUCUCUGUCCGGCCGUCUACCGACUUGAAGCGGCCAUUGCAGGGGUCUGAAACGCUUUUGUCUUCAUUAGCAGACAGCUUCACCCGCGGAUCCCCAUCUACAUUGCUGUCGGCCUUGGAGUGUCUCAAGCUACGCAAGGCGCAUCGACAGUCAAUUAACAAUGCACUUUUGAAAACGAAAGCUACUAAUCUGCUCUAUGGUCUAGUGGUGGCGGGUGGGCGACUUGUGAGUGUCGUACGGCCGAAGAAACAUUCGCUCCACCCCGGUGAUCUGCAACUCCUCUUCAACAUGAUAUUUGAGGCCGAUGGCAUCAAAGCAGGGGGUGGUGAAAGUUGGAUUCCUGUAUGUCUACCUGGCUUCAACAGCAGCGGCUACCUAUACAUGUAUGUCAGCUUCCUCAAUCUUCGAGGCGAUGUGGACGACAAUGAGGACAUUUUGAAGGACGAGUCUGUCGCUAUAGUCCUGAUCAGUCCAGAUAAGGAAAGCUUCUUCGAGAUGCAAGGGAUGCGCGACUCACUGAUAGAGCAAAUGGAGAAGAGCGGCAGUCUGAAGGUGAUCGCCGCUUCAAUUGACCAGGGGCGCGCAGCUACCACCGACAUUGUCCCCGGAACAGUAGUGCAUCAUUUCAUAUACAAGUCACGGGCGAACGUUCAGUUCACGAUGUCGUCCUACUCUCCUGAGUUUACCUCAAUCUCUCGCAGGCGAAGGUUAAUGUCCGUAUACAAUAACAUCCACUCCAGUAUCCAUGCCAAGAAUAGCCACGUCAAGGUCCACCACUGUGUAUCACGGUCCGCGAGCUCAUUCGCAUGGAUGACCCCGAUUUUCGAGCUGUACUGUGUCGCUGAGCCCAAUGCAAAUCGAAACGCGUUGGUACAGAGCGCCAGUAAAAUUGCUCAGUGGGUACAGCAAGAGGAAGAAAGGCUAUUCAUCAUUGGUGGCGCCGUUUUUUGA